CUCUUUAAUAAGUUUAGUACUUUGCCAAUACCUCUGGUACUUAUUUCAGUUUAGAAAUGUUUUGUGAGAGUUACUAGUUAAGUUUGAUAUUAUUGCAAGGUAUGGCGAUUCCACUUUUUGGCAAGGCUGCUAUAGCCCUCAUAGCCCUGGGAGUAAUUGCAGGGCUCACUACAGUGAUCGUUCUCCUUGUGAACAGCGAUGAUGACUCAACCCAUGACUACACCACCACUACGAUGGCACCCCCUACAAGUGAUAAUCUAGAGUUGCCGUACCAAGUUGGUGUUGGCAUAGCCGACAUGACUGGUCCAUGUGUUGAGGUUACCUUUAUGGGUUACGCUGAAGUCGGCCAGACAGGAGAAGGUAUUCACACGCGCCAGUUCUCCCGAGCGUUCAUCUUUGCGAAAGGAGACAAAAGAGUUGUUCUGGUCACAGCAGAGGUGCAGGCAGUGGGAAUUGCAGUUAGAAGAGAGGUCGUGAAGAACCUUCAAGAAUUGUAUGGGAACGUAUAUAGUCUUCAAAAUGUAAUAGUAACUGGAACCCACACCCACAGCGCUCCAGGUGGACAUCUCGUGGACUUCAUCCUAGAUAUUAGUAUCUUGGGCUUCUCCAAAGAAUCUUACGAUGCCUACGUUGCUGGAAUCACCAGGAGUAUCAUCCGCGCCCACGAGAACAUGGUACCAGCGCGUCUUUACUUUGGACGAACCAAAGUUUCUCUUGCCCAGAUGAAUCGAUCUCCUUACUCUUACGGCUAUAACCCACAAGAAGAGCGAGACAGAUAUACUACAGACACAGAUGACGAACUCACCCAACUUCGUAUCUUGAGAGCUGAUGGUAGACUGCACGGAGUUCUGAACUGGUUCUCCGUUCACACCACUAGCAUGAACAUGACCAAUCAUCUAAUAUCAUCAGACAAUCUUGGAUACGCGGCGCUCCGGCUUGAGGAAGAGUUAAAUCCUGGACGGCUGCCAGGCAAGCCAUCAGUUGUUGCUGGUUUCUUUGCAUCAAAUUUGGGCGACAUCUCACCCAACAUAAGGGGAGCGAGGUGCGAGUUAGACGGUCGAGAAUGUGACAAUCACUUUAAGCUCUGCGAGGGGAGACAGAGGUGCUUCUCACAGGGCCCAGGAGUAGACAUGUUUGAUAGCACAAAGAUCAUUGGCACCAGAGUGUAUGAGGGUGCUUCUAAACUUCUGUAUGUGCCUGGUGAAGAGUUAGUUGGUGAAAUAGCCGUCGUGCAUCAGUUUGUUGAAAUGGGAGAAGAAACUGUUCCGAAAUACGAUCCCGUCACCAGGGAGUUCAAUGUUAGUGAUCCUGUGAGUGGUUGUGUACCUGCAAUGGGCUACAGUUUUGCUUCAGGCACCAUAGACGGCGCUAACCUCCUCAACAUCACCCAGGGUACCACGACAAGUAAUCCAUUGCUGGACAUCGUCAGUAGCAUCGUAGCCACGGCCACACCAGAGGACGUCGCUUGCCAUCUACCAAAACCCAUACUGCUUGCUACAGGCAGGGCUGACUUUCCGUUUCCGUGGCACCCCAGAGUAGUAUCUAUAUCGGUGCUGAUGUUGGGAGGUCUUAUGGUGGCGGGAGUACCCGGAGAACCUACCACAAUGGCCGGCAGACGAAUGAAGGAUGUCAUCAGUGCUGCGAUGGAAGCUCGAGGUCUCGAACCCCGCGUUGUUGUGUCCAGCUUGACUAACGAGUAUAUACAUUACGUCACCACUUUUGAAGAAUAUCAGAUCCAAAGGUAUGAAGCAGCUUCGACGAUCUAUGGGCCGCAUACGUUAGAUAUAUUCCUCAACAAAUUCAGAGAGUACACAAACAUUUUGAUUGAGGGUGGAUCAGUCCCCAGUGGACCAACACCAGCUGACUACAGAGACAACACGAUAUCACUUAUCCUGCCCGUGGUGAUGGACUCCGCGCCGCUCGGCCAAAGGUUCGGAGACGUGAUCCAGCAGCCCCCAGCAGUGCUCAACCAGGGAGACACCUUGCGGGUGUCCUUUGUGGGUGCCAACCCUCGCAACGAUCUCCGGCAAGAGACCAGUCACGUCGUGGUAGAGAGGUGGGAGAUGGGGAACUGGACUGUCGUGGCCACCGACGCUGAUUGGAAUACCAAGUUCCUGUGGACGCGUGAUUCAACAGUGCUGGGUACAAGUACAGCGACCUUCGAGUGGGUGGUGCCUCACGACACGAUAACGACACAGUAUCGUGUCGCGUACUAUGGGACAGCGCGCCGGGUUAUGGGGACGUUCUCUCCGUUCACUGCAGUUACUAGUAACUUUACAAUAACGAGAAUACAAGCCUGAUUUUAA